UAGGUUAGGUUAGGUUAGGUUAGGUUAGGUUAGGUUAGGUUAGGUUAGGUUCCCUCUCGCGGUGCGCCACCUUGUCGUGGUGAGAGGGCUCCCCUGAUGGUCCUUGUGGCCCCGAUCCCGGGUGGACUUGUCCGCUUGGGAGACGGGCCGCGGGCCGUCGGGGGUCUAAGAGCGCACCGUACGGCUUCGGCUGUACGUGUACGGGAGGGAGAGAAGGAAAACUCUGUAAAACCCGGUGAAGGACACACUGUCAACAAACCAAAUUUAUGGAAGAUGCCCAAAAAGAAGAAGGAUGUUACCGGCCCAGGGGUACUCGGAGCCCCAGGGCCCGGCGCGCAGGGGGGUAUAGUCCCGGCCCCCCCCGCGUCGUCAUCGAGCGGCGGGCAUCUUGCGUUAGUGGGGGUGUCCGGAGCCUCGUGGAAGAGGCUCUGGUCCGGCGACGGGGAUAACGUCGUCGAGGGGGUGGUGCGUGCGGCCCUGGUGCGGGACGCGCGCUCUCGCGAUUGGGACGGCCUCGUCCAGGCGUGGGACGAGGUCUUCCUCAGGUGGCGGGCAGAUGGGGGGAGCGAUGCGGUCAUGGUGGACCUCAUCGCUCGCCUAGUCUGGGACCGAGAGGGGAGGGCCGAGCACUUCAAGGAGAAGCGUGAGGCCCUCCUUGAAAGGUGUCGGGAUCUCGAGGAGGAGAUCAGGGGCCUGCGCGAGUCCCAUGAGAGGGAGGUCCGGGACCUGCGCGAGGCUCUUAAUGGUGAGGUUGCUCGGGGUCUGCGGGAGGCUGUCGGGCAAGGGCUCCGGUCCCGGUUGGAGGGUCUUCUGACCCGGAGCCCCGAGAGAGUGAGCCGGGGCACCGGCUCCGGGCAUGUGGACGUCGUUAACCGGCGAGUUGGGCCGGGGCGUCCCAUGCCCGGAAAGAGGGUCUCCAGGGGGACUGAUCCCGUAGUGUGGGAUCCGCCCCCUGGGGUUAAGGUAGUGGACCGCUGCGUCGGCACGGACCCGGUCGGGUGCGUGGACCGUUCGGUCGGCCCCGACUGUCCGGGCGGCCGGCGCGCGGUCGACGAGAGGGAUCCCGCUUUAGGGACGUCGGGGGGCGGGGGGGGACACUGGCCAAAACGCACGGCCUUGUUCCCCCCAACCUCCGAGCGAGAGGGGUGGCCCCGGGUCGGGCGCCGGGAGGGCAGUCAUGUGCUUCCGGUGCCUGGUCCGGGGCCACAUUGGGCGUGACUGUCGGGGCCCGUAUCGUGGCAAUUUAUGCUAUCGGUGCGGGGCUCCGGGUCACGUGGCGAGGGGGUGCAGUGGGGCACUUAGGUGCCCAGUCUGCGCCGGUUCCGGGGGGGUCGCCGACCACAAGUUGGGGUCGGCGAGCUGCCCCGCCCGGCGGUCGGGAGGACGGCCGUGUAAGGGCGGUGGCGGCGAGGCGGAAAUUCCGAGAGAGGAAGAGGGCCGUCGGGGGUGGGGGGUUUGCCCCCCUCCCCCCCCGGCGGCCCGGCGAGCGGGCGGGGCUGGCUCGCGCGGGGCGUGGGUGGGGGGGACUUGUCCCCCUCCCCUGUACGGGAGGGCCCGGAAGCGGGCGGACAGGGCGGGACAUGGGGCUUCCGCGGGGCUGGAUGAGGGCCCCGCGGGACCCGCGUUGUUGGAGGUGCUCGCCGGGAUCGCGAGCAGUGUCGCGAUCCUGGCGAGACGAGUGUGGGGGGGCGAGGGAUGCGGCGUCACUCGUGGGCGUGGCUCCCUCGCUCUUUCCCGGCGGGUGCGCGGGAGCGGGGUCAAGUGGCCCCCUCCGCGCCCGUAGGCCGGUGUUGGUGGUGGCGCGCCGGUUCCGGGUCCCUUUCUGGGACCCCCGGGACCGGCGCGCUGGAUGGGGGGAUGGCCCGGGGGGGGCUAUCGGGACGGGCCGCUCGCGGCCCUCUCUCGUUCUCCCCCUCCUGAGCGGAUGGUGGGGCGGGGCCCUCGCGGUGUGAGCGAGAGUCCGCGCUCGGAGGGACGGUGGAGGGGGGGGCGGAGCGACUGGCGCCUGGGCUUACGCGCCUCCUUGUGAGGGGCGGGCCCCGUGCCUUGCUCUUUGGCCCCCCUCCUCAUCGAAGACGCGCCGCUUCCGGUGGCGGGGGCGGUGGCGUCACGGGAUGGAACGGGCGGGGCGGUGCCGCGUCGUACUUAACGACGGCGGCGCCGCCUCGCCCGCCCCCCGGCCCGCGUCGUUUACGGACGCCGGUUGGGGUGUGAGUGGGCGGGUUUGCGGGCGAGCGCGUAGUAGUGCCGCCCGCUUACCCGCCUCCCUCCGCCCGGUCCUGGGGAGUUUGGGACCGGGCGAGAGGCAUGAUGCUGCGCGCCCCCCCCUCUGAUUCUCUCCCCCACGUCGGGGAGCGGAGGGAGGGGUGCGCAGUCGGGGGAGGCGGCCUUCGCGACAGGUUCGGGGCGGGGACCGGGAUCCCCGCUCGGCCGACCGACCCCGACGGGAGGGAAACCCGGGGGGUGGAUGGCCCCCUUCGGGUUGAGGGGGGGGCGGGAGGGGGUUUUGUCCUCUUCCCGUCCCUCCACGGGAUGUAGGGUUGCCUACGCAACCCUAGGGCGAGGGCUCCCCGGAAGUAAUGCUACAGCAGUUCCCGGGGAGUCCGACUAAACGCCCUGACGGCCAUCCGGAGUGGUUUUAGUCGGUAGGCCUGCCCGUUGCACACCGAGGGUGCGAGACCGCAUAGGUCCUAUUCGCACCCGAGGGGGCGGGAGUCCGACAUACCCCGGGCCCUUCCCGGAGGCCCGGGGAUCCAUGAGGAUUUCCACUCCGUCACAAAAAAAAAAAAAAAAAAAAAAAAAAAAAAAAA